AGCCGCAUUUCCUCCGAGAGAACAAGUCGAAAAAAUUGUAAUUUAUUAAUUCCACCAACUUAAGAAGCCAUGCAACGUGGUAAAAUCUCCUUCGGGAAAAUUCAGCUGAACAUCAACAAAGCGCCCGCCCAGCCAAAGUCCAAUGAAACCGCCGAGGAAGGAGAUGCCAAGGAAUCCCCAGAAGCCAGUGGAAGUGGAGGAGGAGGAUUCAAGAAGAUGGACAAACAGCAGAUGAUUCGGCAGAUCGAGGAUGUGGCCGAGGACCUGGAGAGCCAGCACCUGAAGGAGGUGAUGGGCAUCAGUGGAUUCGGACGCAAGGCGGCCCAAGUGUUCGACAUCAACGAGCAGAUUGAAAAGGCCAGGAUAACCCGCCCGGGAUUGGACAAGAAGAGGGAGGAUUCUAAGCAGGAGGAGGAGGAGGCCGAGGAGGAGGGGGACGUAAUAGGUCCGCUACCUCCAGCUGCAGCCACAGAUACUGACAAAUCCACGAAGGAGGCUUCGAAAGAGGAAGAUUCCGACGAUGACUCCUCCGAUGAGGAUUCGGACGACGAGCAGAGUCUCGUAAAGCGCAUACCCUACACCCACGAGGUCCAGAUGCAGCACGGAUCCCGGGCUGUGCUCGCCCUGGCCGGGGAUCCUUCGGGCGCCCGCCUGGUCUCCGGCUCCAUUGACUACGACAUGUGCUUCUGGGACUUUGCCGGCAUGGACUCCGGCAUGCGCAGCUUCCGGCAGCUGCAGCCGUGCGAGAACCAUCCCAUACGCUCGCUGCAGUACUCCGUGACCGGCGACAUGAUCCUGGUCAUCUCCGGAAACGCCCAGGCCAAGGUGCUCGAUCGCGAUGGCUUCGAGAAGCUGGAGUGCUGCAAGGGCGAUCAGUACAUCUCGGACAUGUCGCGCACCAAGGGUCACGUGGCGCAGCUAACCUCGGGCUGCUGGCAUCCCUUCAACCGGGAGCAGUUCCUGACCGCAGCCCUGGAUGGCACCCUGCGCAUCUGGCAGGGACUGAAGGCCAAGGAGCAGGUGCAGGUGAUCAAGACGCGGGCACAGGGAGGCCUGCGCACCAACGCGGCUUCAUGCAACUUCAACCGGGACGCCACACUGAUAGCAGCUGGAUGUGUAGAUGGUUCCAUUCAGACCUGGGACACCCGCAAAAUGUACGUGAACACAACGCACUGCGUGAGGGAUGCGCAUCAGAAGGGCUCCGAGAUCACCUCCAUUGUGUUCUCUUACAAGGGACAGGAGCUGGCCACGCGGAGCAACGACGAAACCAUGAAGCUCUGGGAUCUGCGGCAGUUCAAGAAGCCGCUGCACACCUGGACGAACCUGUUCUCCCGCUACGACACCACAGACUGCUGCUUCAGUCCGGACGAUCGGAUGCUGGUCACCGGCGAAUCCCUGCCCAAGGGUCAGACGGAGGCCAAUCUGUAUUUCUACAGCACCAGGACCUACGAGGAAGUGCAGCGCAUUCCGGUGGCCAACUCGCAUGUGGUGAAGACCCUGUGGCACCCGAAACUCAACCAACUGUUCGUGAGCUGCGGCAAUGGCACCAUCAAAUGCUACUACGACGAAACGCGCAGCAUCCGAGGCGCCAAGUUGUGCGUGGUGAAGACGCAUCGCAAGCGGCAGCCCAUGGAAAUGGUGGGAGUCUCGCAGAUCAUCACGCCGCAUGCUCUGCCCCUGUUCAGGCAGGAGAAGUCGCGCACCUCGCGCAAGAGGAUGGAGAAAGCUCGCUUGGAUCCCGUAAAGUCCAAGCGGCCCGACCUGCCCAUCACCAGCGGUCAGGGCGGCCGAGUGGCCAGCUCCGGCGGCACUCUCUCCUCCUACGUCAUCCGCAACCUUGGCCUGAGCAAGCGGGUGGACGACGACCAGGAUCCCAGGGAGGCCAUCUUGAAGUACGCCAAGGAUGCGGCCGAGAAUCCCUACUGGAUAGCCCCGGCCUACAAGCAGACCCAGCCGAAGGCCAUCUUCUCCGAGAAGCUGCCCGCCGACGAGCCGGCCACCAAGAAGCCCAAGACAGAGGCAGACAAAUAGAUAGUCCAUCCAUUUAUAAGCGCUUAGAAAUGUGAAUAAACUCGUUACGGUUAAAGAA